AUGAUCCCUGCGGCAUGUUCUGCUCAAGUUCGGAAGCCCAAGCUUGGGGGCGCCUUCUGUGAGCAGGCAAAGCCUUGCACAGAAGCAAUGUCGGUUGACCUUCAGGUCAUCGGCAAUGAGUAUCCAGUCACAUCGCCGACCUUCGGACCGUCGGGUGACCUCUUCGCGGUGUCCACCUCCGGCGACAUCUUUCGCUACUCGACUCCCGAAGGCUACGACGGCGAGUUUCAGAUGGAGGCUUGGGGAAAUUCCUCGGGGCAGCCGAUGGGCAUCGACUUUGACAGCCAGGGCGUGGCUUUCGUGUGCGAUGCGGCGCACCAAGCCAUCUUUCGGAUCCUGCGUGUGGAGAGAGAAGGUGGCACCUUCGCCCACCAAAUUGAUCCCUAUGUCAAGGAGUACGAGCAGUCUCAGUUCCUGGGGCCCAACUCUCUCUGCCUGUCACGACAGACAGGGAUGCUGUACUUCACCGACAGCGGGCCCUUUGGUGAGACCUCCUUGCAGAACCCUCGGGGCUCUGUCUUUGCAAUCAGCCCUUCAACGCAGCUGUUGAUUCCGCUGUGCCUCAACACCCUUGCGCAUCCCUGCGGCGUAGCAUUGUCGCCGGAUGAGAAAAACAUCUAUGUGGCAGAGAUGGCCAUGAACCGCAUUCUCCGGUUCACACAGCAUCCGCCGCAGGUCUUCCAUUGCAGCGUCUUCGCCCAGCUCUCCGGACGCUUCGGCCCCACAGCCUUGGCGGUCAGUGCUGCGGGUGACGUUUAUGUUGCCCACUUUGACUUUGCUGACAACGCGGAGACGGGUCGCGUGGUUGUCCUGAAUCCAGAAGGGGAGGUCACUGCCGCCAUAAGCGUACCAGGGCCCGAGAUUACGGGACUCUGCAUCUCUCCUGAUCAGAGGCACCUCGUUGUUACGGAGCGAUCAACGACUUCUCUGUACAGAACUGGCACCCACGCAGAAAAUAUGUGGACAAAGAAACCGUACAUCAACACCGCAUCGGACAAUGUGCAACGUGCCCACGGAAAAUUCGGAUCCGCUGCUGGCAAGAUGCCAAGCCUGGAGACAGAUUGGCUUGCAGCAGAGUUCGGUCCAAGCUCGAACGGCGAAACGACGUACGGCAAUGACAUGGGGCGCGAGGGCUUCAUUGCCUCGUUGGAUGGAUGCGCAGUUCUGGCCUUUGAAAUGGGUACCAGCAAUGAGGAGGUGCGCAAGGCGCAAUCCGCCUUGCGGCAGAUCCUCAUGAAAGUCAGAGUCGCAGACGUUUGCACAUUUUUGGCUCCUUUCGGCUCUCUAGACGGUGCCGGGUGCCGGGCGCACACCUUUUCCGAGAUGUACAGCCUCGAGCCCCUCGAAGGCGGACUGCAUUUGGGCCCCCCUCCCGGUCUGGAGAAGGUCGAAGGGCUCGUCAUGAGCCAGGGCAAGGAGGAUGGGAUGGAAUCUGCCAGCACACGAAGCCCCACGGAGGUCUCCAUGCCCGCAUCUCCGUCCUCACAAUCUCCGUGUGUGUUGGAGUUACAGGCUAUGCUGGAGGACCCAAUGCCUUUUCCUUCGAUUGGGUCUGCCAAGCACUACAUAGGUCUAUGCAAGCCUUGCGACUUCAGCUGCCGUUCUUCAUGCCGCUUCGGAUAUGAGUGUACUUUUUGUCAUAUCUGUGGCCCGGCACAAAGCCGCCAGUGGAAGAAGCAGAAGAAGAGCUUCUGGAAGCAGGUCCGCGCGGCGGAAGCGGAAGCCUCCCGCCUGCAAACCACGAGGGCUGUAACAGCCGACUGGUCGAGCAAAGCGUCUUCAAAGCAGACGGCUGGAGUGACGCUGAGCUUGCAGGCUGCACUCGAAUUCAAAUGA